UUUCAAUUGAUAAAAAAAUAUCAUAAGAAGACAUGUUUAAAUUCAAAGUUUUAUGGUUUAUAUCCCUUAUAACCCUCCAAGUUUUGUUGGCUAAUUCUUAUUGUACAAAGAGCCUUGUGCCAGCUUUGUAUGUUUUUGGUGAUUCAAGUGUAGAUGCUGGAAAUAACAACAAUUUGAAUACAGCUGCUAAGGCUAAUACAUUUCCUUAUGGCAUAGAUUUCAAUAAUUGCUCUACAGGCAGGUUUAGUAAUGGCAAAACCUUUGCGGAUAUUAUUGCUAUUAAGUUAGGUUUACCAAUCCCACCUUCAUACUUGAGUGUCUCUGAAAUUGAAAGAUAUCAAAUAGCCUCAGGCAUCAACUAUGCAUCAGCCUCAUGUGGAAUCUUGAAUUCAACAAGAAAUGGAGAAUGCUUGUCAUUGGACAAACAAAUUGAAUAUUUCACGUCAACUGUGACAAAAGAUCUUCCAAGAAACUUUCGUAGCAAAACAAAAUUGAAGCAUUAUUUGUCCAAAUCUAUUUACCUUUUAUCAAUUGGUUCCAAUGAUUAUAUUCUCAAUUAUUUGAGACAAGAAAUAGGAACCAACCAAGAUGGAAAUCCUGAAGAAUAUGCAGAUUACCUUCUCCGGCAAUUGGGUUCAAAUAUAAAGAAAAUUUAUGAUCUAGGUGGACGAAAAUUUGUGAUAAUUGGUGUUGGUCCAAUUGGGUGUAUCCCAGGUUAUAUUAUAAGAAAAUCACAUUCCCAAGAUUGCAAUGAAGAUGUGAAUCAAAAGGUUAAGCCUUUCUCAAAGAAACUCCCAUGGAUGCUUCAAGAGUUAAAGACUCAACUCUCAGGUUCACUGUUCACUAUUUUGGACAGUUUCAAGGUUUUCAAAAAAAUAAGAAAUUCCCCUGAAAAAUUUGGAUUCACAAAUAUUUGUGACUCAUGUGUUGGGGAAGGAGCAAAACCUUGUGAAAACCGAAAGCAAUAUUAUUUUUACGACUUUGGACACACCACUGAAGCUACAAAUGAAAUAUAUGCGAACAAAUGUUUUAGUGGAAGACAUGCAUGUGUUCCUCUCAAUGUUGAGCAAUUAGUACAUGCACAUUAAUAUCUUUUUUACAAGAGAAAUAAUAUACAUUCAUUCAAAUAAA